AAAUUAUUUAUCCCAAAUUAGGAUACAUAUUCUAACUUCGUAUUUAUAUUUUAAGCUGUUCCUUUAUUUCAUAUUUUUGCCAUUAGAUGUCGUUCAUAUUUAUUAAUUAAGAAAAGUUGGUAGCUGACAACAUUCUAAAAAAAGUAAAAGUUGAAUAAUUAUAAGUAAUGUUCAUAGUUUUUAAUAGUACUAAUUAUUUCGUCCCACGUUGUUUUCUCAGAAGAACAUAUCAUAAGUUGAUAAAAUACCAGCAAAACAUACCAAUGCCACAUAGCAGAGAUGAUCCAGUGAUUACAAAAUUGAAUGAUCCUUUAUUUCAUUCAUUAUUUACGCCGGAACUUAAAAUCUUAUCAGAAUUAUUUAAGAAACGAAACUAUGAAAUACGAAUUGCCGGUGGUGCUGUCAGAGAUAUCCUGAUGGGUAUAAAACCAACAGAUCUAGACUUUGCAACAGAAGCCACUCCAGAUGAAAUGAAAGAUAUGUUCAAUGAAGAAAACAUUAGAAUGAUUAAUAAUAAAGGAGAGAAACAUGGUACAAUUACUGCAAGAAUUAAUGACAAAGAAAAUUUUGAAGUAACCACACUUAGAAUCGAUAAAAUUACAGAUGGUAGACGCGCAGAAGUUGAAUUUAUAAAAAAUUGGAAACUAGAUUCUUUACGCAGAGAUUUUACAGUAAAUUCCAUGUUUCUCGAUUUAGAAGGAAAGCUGUAUGAUCAUUUUUUUGGUUAUGAUGAUUUACAAAAGAGACAAAUUGUAUUUGUGGGAAAUCCAGUGAACAGAAUUCAGGAAGAUUACCUUAGAAUAUUCAGGUACUUUCGAUUUUAUGGAAGAAUUGCGGAACAACCAGAUGCUCAUAGGGAGGAAGCGAUAGAAGCAAUAAAGAAAAAUGUACAUGGCUUAGAACAAAUAUCAGGUGAAAGAAUUUGGAGCGAAUGGACAAAAAUUCUUUCUGGAAAUUAUGCGAAAGAGGUGACAUUAAAAAUGUUAGAAUGCGGUGUUGGAAGUUAUGCUGGACUACCAGAAGAACCAAAUAUAGAAAACUUCAAAACUGUUUAUGAUGCGUGCAAGCAAAACAAUGUUACUUUGAAUCCAAUAUCCUAUCUUGCUUUGAUGUUAAAGAACGAGGAUGAAGCAUUCAAUCUUCAUAAAAGAUUAAAAUUGUCUUCAUUUGAAAGAGAUCUAGCAAUAUUUUUAACCAGUUCCAACAAAUACAAACCUUCAGAGAACCUGAAGAAUUAUGAAAGUAUAUUUAUUCAUUGGAAAGGAAAUAAAACGAAUUGCAAAGUUUAUAUUUGUGAAUUACUUAAGUGUAAACAAUUAUUUGAUCUUGCAGAACAAUUUGAUAAAGUUAUAAUACCUAGAUUUCCGAUUAGUGGGCACACACUGAGGCAAAACAUAAAAAAUGGAAAAAAAAUUGGCAUGGUCCUUAAAGAAUUGAAAGAUAUUUGGUUGGAUUCAAAUUUUAAAAUGACUGAAGAAAAAUUGCUUCAAGAAGUUCCACGAAUUAUUGGUGAAAUAGAAGAUAAAGAAUAAUAUAAAUAAAUAUUUUUAAUCAAACAACUAUAUCCUUGAUUUGCAUUUUGAGUUCCAAUUUUUUUAUCGGUUUUUACACAGAGACGAAUAAGUAGUACGAAUUAAAUUUUUUAAGUAAAUUAUGAAGUUUAUAAAUUUUAUAUUCAGUAAUUAAAAUUUACAUAGAAUCACAAUAAUGUUAUAAGUAUUUGAAAAUAUUUCUAUUUUUCUUGUUUUAUUAUUUUUUCUACAUUGUACAUUUACAAAUAAUAUUGUUCAAAAACCUUUACAUCCUAUUAUUAAAUUACUUACUUUGUCUAAAUGAAAGUAUUUGUACAAAAGGAAAUUAAAAUUAAGACUAAAUAAAAGUAUGCAAAUAAACACAUUCUAUCUUUAAACGAGGAUCAAGAAAAGGAAGAACAAUUAUACAUUAUGAAUGUAUAACCUUACAGGAAUUAUUUUGUAUUAAAAUCUUUAACAGUAUAAGACACAUUUAUUUUCAAGAGCAUCACAUACUUAUGGUAAAUUGCAAUCCCUUAGAAUCUAUUUACAUAGUAAACUCACGUGAAAAAAUUCCCGUUAACGGGACUCCUCAAAAUAUAAUUCAGGAUAUUUGCUUGAUUAUUGAGCUCUUAAUUAGGCAAUGAAACCCUAAUUAAUCGAAAAUGUUUUCAACUUUGAUUUCUUUACUAUUAAAAUGGUUUUAUAUAAUUCGAAAGUUCAACUUUUCCUAAAACGUUGCUCGAAAAUAUAAAAAAACCUUUUUUAUUCUCUAAUUAAAUUAUUUUAUAAUACAUUAAAUGUACAUUCUUUUUCACUUAAAUUCGAUAAUUUCGUACGUAAUUAGUUUAGUUCAGUUUAGUUGCAUUAAAUGUAACAUGUAUACUAUUAUUUCCAGUGACAUAUUCUAUUUAAUAGUAAUAUUAAAUCUCAUUUUUAUAAAUAAUGAAGGAUGAUGUGUUCCAUUAAUACGAAUAAUUGGGGUUUCAAUUGCAUUUUUCUUUCAGAAGGAUUCUAUUCGGGCCUAUCGGAAUUAAUUUUUAAAUAAUAAUAGAAUUUCCGCGUGAUGUUUAGAAAUUGUUUCUAAGUUAAAGAAAUUUUUGUUGAAGCAUAAAUCUAGUGAAAAAUUUGUAACCAAUUUCACGUGAACACUUCAGCAAAAUCAAUUUCCAUAGUUUCGUAUAGUAUUUUUUACCAUUCCGCAUCCCCAUUCAUUUUCUGAAAAACAUAAUCCUUUCCACUGAGGUUCAUUAUGCCGUCUUUGAGGUAGAAUUUCCAUUUGUUUCUACUCCUCGUUAUCUAAAAUAAUUAUCUGAUUAUUUUUAAAAAAUAUUUUUAAAAAAUACGUAGUUUAUACAUUUUUAUAACAUUCUUUAUAAAAUAAAUAAGAUCCUUAUAUUUUGUUACAAAUACCUUGUCGUAUUGACAAACGACUACAUUAUCGGUAUCAAAUAAAUCUGCUGGAUCGUCAUCCGUUACAUCAUCUUCAGAAUUUAAGGGUUCCUGAAAUAAUAGGCUACAUUAUUA